GCCGCGCAGACAUGCAGGGGGAGGCGGGCACGGGUAGGAGCGCGGGGUCCCGCGGGCAGGAGUCCCCGCCGCGGCGAGGCGCCCCCAGCACAAAGCCCGGGGCGGGCCGGGGCCGGACUGCGGGGACCCCGACUGCCUUCGUCCGUCCCGCCCGGGGAAGGCCGCGCGGGAGGAAUGGGCUCCCGUUCAAGGGCCAGCGAGGAGCGGUGACGACAGGGCCUGAGAACCGAGCUCUGCCUUCCAGAGGCCCUGCGCUUCUCCAGGACAGGAGGCAGAAGCAGGAGGCCGCGGGGACAGGACCUGAACUGAAAGCCUUGUCUCGGAGCUUGGUGACGUUCGGGGAUGUGGCCGUAGAUUUCUCCCAAGAGGAGUGGGAGUGGCUGAACUCGGCUCAGAGGAACCUGUACAGGAGUGUGAUGUUGGAGAACUACAGGAACCUGGCCUCUCUGGGACUCUGCGUUUCCAAGCCCGAUAUGAUCUCCUCGUUGGAACAGCGGAAAGAGCCCUGGAUGGUGAAGAGAAGGCUGACAAGAGGCCGGGGCCCAGAUUUGGAGGCAGGGCCAGAGACCAAGGAGUUACCCGCGAAGAAGGACAUCUGUAAAGAAAAGUUGUCCCAGGUGGUGAUCAUGGAGAGACUCACAAACCACAGUCUGGAAUGCUCCAUAUUAGGGGAAGACUUGGAUUAUGGUGCUCUGCUUGAGAGGCCGCCGGGCUUGGUGACCAUCACGAACAUGGCCGUAGACUUCUCCCAGCAGCUGGACCCAGCUCAGAAGAGUUUCUGUAAGAAUGUGAUGUGGGAGAAUCGUAGUGACCUGGGGUCCGUAGGGCCCUGUGUGUCUAAGGCCGACUUGGUCUCUCUGCUGCAGCAAGAGAAGGAGCCCUGGAUGGUGGACAGAGAGCUGCCGAAGGGCCUGGGGUCAGGUCAACAAUCUAUACAUGAGACCCAGGAAUUAUUUCUAAAGCAGGAUUCAUUUGCUGAAGUAACAGACAGAACUUCAAACACUAAUUUGGAGUGUUCCACUUUCAGAGAAAAUUGGGGUUCUGAGGGUGUGUUUGAAAGGAAGCUGGUAGGUCAGGAGACACAAUUCAGGCAAGAGACAAUCACUCAUAACAAGAUGCUCUCGAAGGAAAGAGAACGUACUUUUAACAAAUCUGGAAGAUGGUUUCAUUUGGACAUUUCAGAAGAGAGAGUUCAUAAUCAUGAUUCAGUUAAGAAAAAUUUUCCCAAAAAUUCAGUGGUAAUAAGACAUACAGGAAUUUAUGCAGGAAAAAAACUUUUCAAAUGUAAUGAAUGUAAGAAAACUUUUACCCAGAGCUCAUCCCUUACUGUUCAUCAGAGAAUUCAUACUGGAGAGAAACCCUAUAAAUGUAACGAAUGUGGAAAGGCCUUCAGUGACGGCUCAUCCUUUGCUAGACAUCAGAGAUGUCACACUGGCAAGAAGCCUUAUGAAUGUAUUGAAUGUGGGAAAGCCUUCAUACAGAACACAUCCCUUAUACGUCAUUGGAGAUAUUACCACACUGGGGAGAAACCCUUUGAUUGCAUCGAUUGUGGGAAAGCCUUCAGUGAUCACAUAGGACUUAAUCAACAUAGGAGAAUUCAUACUGGAGAGAAACCCUACAAAUGUGAUGUAUGUGACAAAUCCUUUAGGUAUGGCUCAUCCCUUACUGUGCAUCAAAGGAUUCAUACUGGAGAAAAACCAUAUGAAUGUGAUGUUUGCAGAAAAGCCUUCAGCCAUCAUGCAUCACUCACUCAACAUCAAAGAGUACAUUCUGGAGAAAAGCCUUUUAAAUGUAAAGAGUGUGGGAAAGCUUUUAGGCAGAAUAUACACCUUGCUAGUCAUUUGAGGAUCCAUACUGGGGAGAAGCCCUUCGAAUGUGGGGAAUGUGGUAAAUCCUUCAGCAUCAGUUCACAGCUGGCUACUCACCAGAGAAUUCAUACUGGAGAGAAGCCCUAUGAAUGUAAGGUUUGUAGUAAAGCAUUCACCCAGAAGGCUCACCUUGCACAGCAUCAGAAAACUCAUACGGGAGAGAAACCAUAUGAAUGUAAGGAAUGUGGUAAAGCCUUCAGCCAAACCACACACCUCAUUCAACACCAGAGAGUUCAUACUGGAGAGAAACCCUACAAAUGUGUCGAAUGUGGGAAGGCCUUUGGUGAUAACUCAUCCUGUACUCAACAUCAGAGGCUUCACACUGGCCAAAGACCUUAUGAAUGUAUUGAAUGUGGGAAGGCAUUCAAGACAAAGUCAUCCCUUAUUUGUCAUCGCAGAAGUCAUACAGGAGAAAAACCUUAUGAAUGUAGUGCAUGUGGCAAAGCCUUUAGCCAUCGCCAGUCCCUUAGUGUACAUCAGAGAAUUCACUCUGGAAAGAAACCAUAUGAAUGCAAAGAAUGUAGGAAAACCUUCAUCCAAAUCGGACACCUUAAUCAACAUAAAAGAGUCCACACUGGAGAGAGAUCCUACAACUACAAGAAAAGCAGGAAAGUCUUCAGGCAGAGCGCACACCUUGCUCACCCAAGAACUCAUAAUGGAGAGGCAACAGCACGCCCGUCUUUCCCUUCCACAUCGAGUCCUGUGGAUCUUCUCCCCAGGUUCCUCUGGGGUCCGCCGUCACUGUCAUCACCCUACAGGGGGCUGAGUGUAGCGGCCCCGAAGCCGGGUCGGGGAACCAAGCCCAGCAGUCGCGCCGCCGGGUCUGGACUACCCUCCCCAGGGGCCGUUGCGGCGGGACGACACGCCCACUUCCGGCGGGGGUCUAAGAGAAAGGCGGACCCGGCGAGGCGGCCGCGCGCGUUCUGGCGGCGCGUGAACGGCUGGCGCUCCUUCCCGGACUGGUGGACCCAGGAGGCCAGCGAGUCGGGGGCCGGGAGUGUGAGGCUGACCUGCCCAGAGUCACCUGACCUGGUCCAAGCUCUGCCCUCUCAGGGUAGAGCACUUCUCAUGAGGAGCCAGGAAGAGGAAGAGGUGAUGGGAGUUGAACUUCUUAAAGCCAUGCCCCUGGAUUCAGUGACUUUCACGGAUGUGGCCAUAGAUUUCUCUCAAGAGGAAUGGGAAUGGCUGAAUCUUGCUCAAAGGACUUUAUAUAAGAAAGUGAUGUUGGAGAACUACAAGAACCUGGUUUCAUUGGGUCUUUGCAUUUCUAAACCAGAUGUGAUCUCCUUAUUGGAGCUAGGUGAAGACCCCUGGAUGAUGAAGGGAGAGAGGACAGGAGGCCUCUGCCCAGACUUGGAGUAUGUUUGGAUGACCAAGGAAUUAUCUCCAAGCCGGGACAUUUAUGAAGGAAAGUUAUCCCAGGCAGUGAUACUGGAAGGACUUCCAAGCUGUGACCUUACCUGUUCCACAUUAGGGGAAAACUUGAAAUGUGAAAACCUGUUUAAGAAGGAGCUGGUAAGUCAGAAGACACCUUUCAGUCAAGAGACAGUCACUCAUAUUGGUACCCUUAUCGAGAAAAGAGACCACUUUAACAAAUCGGGGACACUUUUACAUCUGAAUAGAUUAUCUUAUAUAGAGCAGGUAUUUUCCAUAGAAGAGAGAAUAUAUAAUUUUGACACAGAUAAGAAAAGUUUAAAAACACAUUCAUUUGUCAAAAAACAUAAGCAAGUCUUGGGAGAAAAGAAACUUCUGAAAUGUAACGACUGUGAGAAAACUUUCAGCAAAAUCUCAACCCUUACCCUUCAUCAGAGAAUUCAUACUGGAGAGAAACCCUAUGAAUGUGUUGAAUGUGGGAAAGCCUUCAGCCAGAGUGCCCACCUUGCUCAACACCAGAGAGUUCACACAGGAGAAAAACCCUUUGAAUGUACUGAAUGUAGGAAAGCCUUCAGUCAGAAUGCUCAUCUUAUUCAGCACCAGAGAGUUCAUACUGGAGAAAAGCCUUAUCAAUGUAAGCAAUGUAACAAAGCCUUCAGCCAGCUUGCACAUCUCGCUCAACAUCAGAGAGUUCAUACUGGAGAGAGACCCUAUGAAUGUAUUGAAUGUGGGAAGGCUUUUAGUGAUUGUUCAUCCCUAGCUCAUCAUCGAAGGAUUCACACUGGAAAAAGACCAUAUGAAUGUAUUGACUGUGGGAAAGCUUUCAGGCAGAAUGCUUCUCUGAUACGUCAUCGGAGAUAUUAUCAUACUGGAGAGAAACCAUUUGAUUGCAUUGAUUGUGGGAAGGCUUUCACUGAUCACAUAGGACUUAUUCAGCAUAAGAGAAUUCAUACUGGAGAGAGACCUUACAGAUGUAAUGUGUGUGGGAAGGCUUUUAGCCAUGGCUCAUCCCUGACUGUACAUCAGAGAAUUCAUACAGGAGAGAAACCUUACGAGUGUAACAUCUGUGAGAAAGCCUUUAGCCAUCGUGGCUCACUUACUCUUCAUCAAAGAGUUCAUACUGGAGAAAAACCCUAUGAGUGUAAGGAAUGUGGGAAAGCUUUUCGGCAGAGCACACAUCUUGCUCAUCAUCAGAGAAUUCAUACUGGAGAGAAACCCUAUGAAUGUAAGGAAUGCAGCAAAACUUUCAGCCAGAAUGCACACCUUGCACAACAUCAGAAAAUACACACUGGAGAGAAACCGUAUGAAUGUAAGGACUGUGGUAAGGCCUUCAGCCAAAUUGCACACCUUGUUCAACACCAGAGAGUUCAUACUGGCGAGAAGCCUUACGAAUGUACUGAGUGUGGGAAGGCCUUUAGUGAUGGCUCCUAUCUUGUUCAACAUCAGAGACUCCACACUGGCAAGAGACCAUAUGAAUGUCUUGAAUGUGGAAAGGCCUUCAGACAGAGGGCAUCCCUGAUUUGUCACCAGAGGUGUCAUACAGGCGAGAAACCUUAUGAAUGUAAUGUUUGUGGGAAAGCCUUUAGCCAUCGUAAAUCCCUUACACUACAUCAAAGAAUUCAUACAGGAGAGAAACCUUACGAGUGUAAGGACUGUAGCAAAGCCUUCAGCCAGAUUGCCCAUCUUACACUGCAUAAGAGAAUUCAUACUGGAGAAAGGCCCUAUGAAUGUAAAGAAUGUGGGAAAGCCUUCAGGCAGAGUGUACAUCUCACUCAUCAUCAACGAAUUCAUACUGGAGAGUCAUCCUCGAUUAUUCCCUCCUCCUCACUCCCAUACCACCAAGUCCUCUAGAUUCAAUCUUCUGAAGGCCUCUAGAGUCCACCACUUUUUCCCAGUCUAUGUCCCAUUAUCAUAGUCUAAGCGGUAACCAUCUCAUUUUUAUGUUUACAACAGUGUUACAAACAUUUUCCCUCUAGCUCCCCUCAAGUGCAUUUUUAACACUGUAGCCAGCUUAAUCUUUUAAAAAUAGGAGUCAGUAUUCAUGUUAUUUUCCCAUUUAGAACGUUUGUCUUUAAGAAUAUGUUAGAUACCAUUUAAGGGCUUAGCACACGAUCCUUGGCAUAUAAUUAGUGCCAUUAAGGUAAGGGUUUCCUUGCUGUUACCUUCAGCUGCAAAUAAAAUCCAGUAGGUCAAGACUAAGAAAUCUAAGGAUUUUAGAGCAGAGGACUCUUCACUCUCCCAGAAGGUAGGGAAAUGAACACAUUCAGAAUUAAAAGAUUCUGUGAUGGACAAGGUAA